UUCUCCCCUAUGCAAUUUCUCAGUGCUCCAUUCUCUGAAAUCCUACUGUAAAAACCCAAUUCAGCAUUCCGGAUUUUGGGAAUGGACAGCGCGGCAAACUGGUCGGAGAAGGUGGAGGAUCUCGUCAAUGGCGGAGAAAUCAAUGAAGCCAUUUCUUUGCUAGAAAAAAUGGUUUCAAAGCUAGAAAUGGAGUCCCAAACUUCUCCAUCAGAUUCUCAAAUUGUUAAACAGUUAUCUACUGCUCUACUGGAUUUGUCCAAACUCUAUUCUACUAAAGGCUUAUCUUUACAAGCUGACCAGACGCGCUCAAGGGCAUUUGUCAUUAAACAGCAGCAAGAUUCUAUUAAAGAAAAUAGGGAUGUAAAUGCAAACAACGAGUCAACUGGUGAUGGAACUUCGGAAGGUGGUAAAGAGGAUCACCUCAGCUUGCAAAUUGAUACCUUACAGAAUGAUGAUGCGCCUGAUGAUGAUUGGGAAGCUAUUGCUGAUCGUGCUCCAGAUGAAUUGCUUUUCCCACAGUACUUGCCAGAAGUCUCAAAGAUUUCUUUGCAAGAUUCAAAAGUUCAGGGCGUCACCUCUCAGGGCCCCAAGCGACGUGGAAGGGGUACAUUUGCCUAUCAGAAACAAAGUCUCUAUAGUGAUCAGCAGUCUGAUGGGCCUGCUGUUGAUGACUUUGAAGAUGAAACUGUUUCCCAUGCUUCAGAAGGGAGCUCUGAUGCAAAAAAAUUAGACUAUGGAACACGCCACGUCUUGGUUCUGGCUGAUUUUUCACCAAGUACUAAAACAAAUGACCUCGAGAAACUGUUGGAGAAAUUUAAAGACGAUGUUGCAAUUCGCUGGGUCAACGAUACAGUUGCACUUGCAGUUUUCAGAACACCAUCCCUUGGUAAUUUUGUUCAUUCUUUUUGUCUGUAUUUGAAAUUAAAAUUGCUUCCCGCCAAAGGCAUAGCUUUUAAUGACUCUCUGUGCUUUCUUGAUGUUUAAUUUGUGUAUUGGUGU